GUUUUUCUUACUUUUUACAUGAAAUUGUUUUAGUUAAAACACGUGAUUUCGCUUCAGUGAAAAUUUUACAGUAACAUAAUCGAAUACAUUGUGAUUGCACCUUUAUUUGUUAAUUGUGUUUUGUCAUUUCAAACUGUCACUGCAAUAGUAUUGGCGGCAAAAUAAUUGGUGGUACCGAUUUCAGUUCAAGUGGUAAUAUUUAUGAACAUUGUUUUAACUUAUUUGCUGUAAUGAGUUCGAAGAUACCUACCGAAAUAUGAACACACUGUUCAUGCACAUUUAAGAAAUUCACCUAUUAUAUCGAGGCGUUGAAGCUGCUUACAUUAAUCAUAAUGUCUCUAAAUGAUUCGCAGGCAUCUGUUGACGACGAUGCGGAAUUAUUAUUGUUAGAAAAUUUACUUUCGAAUCCCGACGAAGAUAUAAGUGGCAAUGAAAAUGACAAACCCGUUGUAACUAAACCAAAUAAAAAUGUUCCUUGUUUGAUUGAAGAUCAUACCUUUGCUGAAGCCUUCAGUUAUGAAAUUGAUUUGCCGGAUUCUACAAUACGCAAAGCCGCUGUUAUUAGCAAAAGUAAUAUUGAUGAUGUUGACUCAUCUGAUGAUGAAGAGGUCAAAAAUUUUUUAGAGCGAAAAUAUAAUGAAUACGGCUCCGAUAUAAAUAAAAAACUGAAACAAAAAAAAGCGGCGGUGCAUGAAUCAAAAGUUGCUCAUGAAGUCAAUAACGCAAUAAAAUCCAAUACCCAAGAUAAUGUACUCUUAGAUAUUCAUUUAAAAAAUAUACAUAAUCCUAUAAAAAGACAGGCACAUUUAAGUACUUCAUUCACAAAAACACCAUUACCGCAGGCUAAAACCAAAGAAGUGAAAUCAGAUUUUGCACCACAAAACCCAGUUUUCACGGAUCCUGUUUUUGGUUUGCGUAUGAUUAAUCCUUUGGUUUCGAGUGCAUUAUUAGUAGAACGUAUGUCCGACCGUAAAGCAGUGAAUUUUUCAAACAUUGCAUUUCACACACAGCGAGGUGAUUUAUCGAAGGAUUGGGUAAUUGCAGGAGUGCUGGUUAAUAAAAGUCCAAUACGUACCUCAAAAAAUGGAAGUCUAUAUUCAAUUUGGCGUAUCUCUGAUCUACGUGGGGAAAUAAAAAUGGUAUCUUUAUUCCUAUUUAAAGGUGCUCACAAGGACUUAUGGAAGACAGCACAAGGUAUGUGUAUUGCCGUUCUUAAUCCAACUAUAUUUGAGAAGCGAACCGAAAAUAAUGAUGUAGCAUGUCUAUCUAUCGAUUCAUCACAAAAAGUAAUGAUACUAGGCCAAUCAAAAGAUUUAGGUACUUGUAAAGCCAGAAAACGUAACAAUGAACAAUGUACUUCAGUGGUUAAUUUAAGUGAAAACGAUUACUGCAUAUUCCAUAUGAAACAAGAAUUUAACAAAAUGUCACGUCGUUCUGAGUUGCAAUCUCCUAAUGCCGGUAGAGGUUUAAAUGAACUGCGGAAUAAGGUUUUGGGAAAAAGUGAAGUAUUUUAUGGUGGACAGUCAUAUUUCGCCGUGCCAGCUAAAAGAAGUGCUAAACUUAUAUCUAAGGAUAUGAAGAGAAUGAGCAGUUUAUCAGAGUAUGCAGUCUCGCCCUUAGCAAGUUCUAUUAAUCACACUCCAAAACCUAAAAAUACUAAUGUCCCUUAUGCAAAUAAAGUUGGUCCUGUUUCAAAAAUGGCUGGUAACAUCGAAGCUACUUCUAAACAGCGUCUAAAAGAUUUGGAACGAUUGAAAAUAUUACAGGCGGAAGCAGCUACAGCACUAACAAACCGCACAAAUGUAUUAGUUGAAGAACCUGAAAAAAGCACUAUUGAAAAAGCAAAACCAGAAACCUAUUCAUCGUCAACAAAAUGCAGCAUAAACAAUUUAUCAUCGUCGAAAUCAAUGUCCACAAAGGUGGAAACAGAAAACGGCAAUAAUAGUAGUUCGCCUUCUACAUCAUUCAAAAAGGCUUCUUCGAUCGAAACAAAAGAUUCAAACACUUCUUCAAUAUCCUCGCAAAACUCUACAGCUAGUUCGGUUGCGUUUAGCAGUUUAUCCAAGUUGGUGCCUGAUAAGUUCAAAAAUAGUGAAUUCUCAUUUACUUCGAAUAGCCUGCAAUUAUCACGUGAAAACUUUGGUGAUAUUGAAGUGAACAUAAGCAACAGACAAUCAGAACUAAGAAAACAGAAAGCAAUAUCAUUACUAAAGAAAUGUCCCAUACAAAAAUCGAAUCCAAACUCGACACGUGGCUCGACAGAAGGUAAAAGGCGUGCUAUUGAUGAACUGAAUGAUAAAUUCUGUAACGUUGCCAAGCGACAAAAACUAGAGGAAGAACAACGAAACCAAGAUCGCAAAUCACGUAUACAACGAAUUAUGGAUGCCACUUCCUCACAUACAAAUCUUAUUGAGAAUCGUCAACAACAGGAACAAGAAAAAUAUUUCAAUAAAUUGGAAAAGAAAGAAGCGUUAGAAGAAAAAAUGCUUAAUACAUUCAAAAUGCCUUGUAAGGCGGUCAUUUGUCAAAAGUGUAAGUAUACUGCGUUUUCCGCUGCCGAACGGUGCAAAGAAGAAAAACAUCCACUUAAAAUUGUCGAUGCUGAAAAGCGUUUCUUUCAAUGCAAGGAUUGUGGUAACCGCACCACAACAGUAUUUAAAUUACCAAAAACCAGUUGUAGCAAUUGCAAAGGUUCGCAUUGGCUACGUACUGCUAUGAUACGAGAACGUAAAAUAUGCGAUGGCUCCGAAGGUUUAUCAAUACGUGGGGAUGAGGAGUGCUUCAUUGGCAGUUUAGCUGGAAGAACCAAUUUAAAUUUGUUGGUCCCGGAUGAGUAGGUAGGGAUUUUUUUUUUAAAUUUCCUCUUGUAUCAUUUUGUUAAUCACUGUCGCUUUUUGGUUUUCUUGACAAAAAUCUAACAAUUUUUUUAUUUGUAUUAUUUGAGAU